AUCCUUCCGACUUUGCUGUUCAAAAAAAAAAAUAGAAAUAAAACAACUCCUAAGUUUAGUUGCAAAAAUGAAACCUGAUCAUAUUGCUUUCCUCUUUUCUAAUCUUGUUAUAUUUCUGAUUUUUGCCACCAAUUCUGCUUUUGGUGGUGGUAACGAGACGGAUUAUCAGGCGUUGUUGAAGUUCAAGUCGACGAUCAGGAAUGAAGAAGCUCUAAGCUCAUGGAACUCUUCCUUUGAUUUCUGUGAUUGGAGUGGUGUUUCAUGUGGGAAGCAGAAUAAAAAAGUCACUGCUCUAUGGUUGGAGUCGCAAGGGCUAGAAGGCUCGUUGUCUCCUUAUAUAGGGAACCUCAGCUUCCUUCGUUUGUUUUCUCUAAAAAACAAUAGUUUUCAAGGAUCGAUCCCUCAUGAACUGGGUCGUCUAUCAAGGCUACGAGGCCUUGAUCUUGGCUUUAACAAAUUCGAUGGAUUCAUUCCAAGUAACUUGUCCCGUUGUUCUAACAUUGAAAAGCUCGCACUUCAUGAUAACAAGCUAGUUGGAAGCAUACCCAAAGAGAUCAGUUUUCUCUCCAAACUUGCUUUUAUUAGCCUUCAUCAUAAUAAUUUAACAGGUGGAAUCCCGUCUGACUUGGGGAAUAUAACAUCAAUGAUCACGUUCUCUGCAGCCGACAAUCCAUUUGGUGGGCGAAUUCCAGCGUCCUUAGGAAAUUGGAAAAACUUAAUACAAUUCUUCUGUGGUGGUUGUAACUUGUAUGGAACAAUCCCUCAUUCCAUGUAUAACCUCUCACUCUUAACUAAUUUUUCUUUGUCUGCUAAUCAGCUUACUGGUAGUCUUCCCUCAGCCAUGGGUGAAAUGCUCCCUCACCUUGAGUUCCUUCAGUUACGAAAUAACCAACUGACUGGACCUCUUCCACCCUCGAUAUCAAACUGUUCGAAAUUAGGAAUUCUUGAAUUGAUGGACAACAAUUUUAUAGGGAAGUUGACAAUUGACUUUGCAAAACUAAGAGAUAUUUAUAAGUUACUCUUGGGUAAUAACAUCUAUGGAUUCGGAGAAGCUGAUGAUAUGAAGUUCAUUGAUACUUUAAAAAACUGCAGCAGAUUAGAGAUUUUGGAUCUUUCUAGCUGCGAGUUUCAAGGAGUGUUGCCGACAUCAAUUGGUAAUCUUUCUGAUCAACUCGCUUACUUAAAUUUAGGAGGAAAUCAUUUAUAUGGAAACCUUCCUUCAGGUAUAGCUAAUCUAAUUGGCUUGACCACAUUAUUUGUAGAUGAGAACAGUUUAACAGGAAAAAUCCCAUCGACCAUUGGUAGGCUUCAAUGGCUACAAAAUGCUGAUCUAUCUAAGAACCAAUUUUCAGGGCCAAUUCCAGAUGACAUCGGGAACUUAUCAUUGUUAACUAACCUUUGGUUACAGUCCAACAGAUUGGAAUAUAUUCCAUCAAGUAUGGGAAAUUGUCGUAAUCUAUUGGAGUUGCACCUUGAUGACAAUCAACUCGGCGGGAGAAUACCUAAACAACUUCUUCAACUUUCAUCUCUGACCAUUAUGUUAAAUCUUUCUCAAAACAACUUGUUUGGGUCACUUCCCGGAGAGGUUGGCGACCUCAAGAUGUUGACUUCUCUAGAUUUGUCAAAUAAUAAUUUGUCAGGUAACAUUCCUAGUAGCAUUGGUGGUUGCACUAGCCUUGUAUUUUUAUCCCUCAAAGGUAACUUAUUUCAAGGCAAAAUACCAUCGUCAAUUAGUUCCAUGAGAGGAGUUUCGACACUCGAUCUUUCACAUAAUAAUUUAUCUGGCCAAAUUCCUGAAUUCUCAGAACGAUUCUCAUUUGAAUAUGUAAACCUAUCCUUUAACAAUUUUGAGGGUAAAGUACCUGUGAUAGGAGUGUUUGCAAAUGGAAGUUCAUUCUCUGUUUUGGGGAAUAGUAGGCUUUGCGGUGGCCUGGCUGAACUUGGGCUACCCAAAUGCAAGGAGAUGGAAAAACAUAAAAAAAGGCUUCCUUUAUUUGUAAUAGUCAUUCUUACUACAUCCAUCAUUUUCACUGUAUUGUGUUUAGUGUAUGCUUUGUGUAAGAAAAGGAAGGGCCAAGCGUAUCCAGCAUCGAGGGACGAACAAUUCUUGAAAGUAUCAUAUGGUCAACUUCUCAAGGCUACCAAUGGAUUCUGCGAAGCCAAUUUGAUCGGCGAGGGUGGGUUCAGCUCUGUUUACAAAGGAAUCCUUGAUGAUCAUGAUGAUAUAAUUGUUGCAGUGAAAGUUCUACAUCUUCAAAACCGAGGUGCUCACAAAAGCUUUAUAGCAGAGUGUGAAGUGUGGCGGAGUAUUCGACACCGGAAUCUGGUUAAGAUAAUAACUUCAUGUUCAAGUGUUGACUACCAUGGAAAUGACUUCGAAGCUUUGGUAUACGAGUUCAUGCCCAAUGGGAGUUUACAUGAUUGGUUGCACUCAAGUGCAAGUAAUUCCAGACUCAGCCUUCUUCAAAGAAUAAAUAUCCUUCUUGAUGUCGCAUGUGCACUUGAUUAUCUUCACAAUCACUGUCUACCAGCCAUCAUUCACUGUGACCUGAAGCCAAGCAACAUUCUGUUGGAUGAUGAUAUGGUGGCCCAUGUUGGAGACUUUGGCUUAGCACAAUUUCAUGGAACAAAUUCAAACAAAAACAGUACAAGUGGCAUUAAAGGAACAAUUGGAUAUGCACCUCCAGGCAAAUUAAGUUCACGUAUUCCUACAUGCCAAUAUUUACUGCAGUAUAUUACCUUUUUCUAAAGUACUUUCUUACAAUUAAUUUGCAGAGUAUGGUGUCGGGAGUGAGAUGACAAGUAGUGGGGAUGUCUACAGUUUUGGAAUACUAUUGUUGGAGGUGAUAACUGGGAAGAGGCCUACAGACGGCAUCUUUAACAAAGGCCUUAGCCUUCAUAAGUUUGCACACAUGGGCAUGCCAGACCACGUAAACGAUGUUAUUGAUGAUGAACUUCUGAAUUUUCUUCAAGAGGAUGCUAUUGCUACACAAUCUACGUUAGCAUAUUCAAAGAAAGUAGAGAAAUGUAUGGCUUUAACUGUCAAGAUCGGAGUAUCAUGCUCCCUGGAUUCCCCACCACAACGGAUGCACAUCAAAAAUGUUGUUCAUGAAUUGCAGCAUAUUUUGGAAAUGCUUCAAAAUAUCUAACAUGCCAUCUUCUCUCCUGUUACUUAUGUGAAUAGAAAUAAAGGACUCUUUCUUAGUUAAUUUGUUCAUAGGCACGGUGUAACUGCCAUCGCAACAUAUGACAUGUCAUCUUCUCUCCUGUUACUUAUGCCAUUACAAACAUUGGUCGUAUUUGUUUUUAUUAGAUCUACACAUUUGGUUGCCUUAUUGGGUGUAAAUGCGAUCAAUGUUUUA